GUAACCUGUAGGAGCAUCACAGGACGCAGUCUUCAUACGGUUCUGUGUGGCACCAAGCUCUUGCGAAUCUUUGGGCAAUAGUAAUUGACAACACUAAUCCCCCUCUCAGUAGCAAAAUUUUAUAAUUUUUGAGGGCUGUGUGUUUGUCUUUUGAGUCGCCACAGCGUCAAGCCGCGGAAACGUUUUACAUCCAGCACUUUGCAGGGCGGUUCGCUGAACUCCUCUAUCUUAAUCUUGUCAACUUCCUAAAUGUCAGAAACGCAGCAGCAGCAGCCCCAGGAACAGCAGCCACAGGAGCCCGCUGAUACGGAGCUUCCCCCGAACACUUCCCCGCAAACUCCGUCAUGCAUCUGGCCUCAGCUGCUACCAGAGCUUGAGAAGCACAUCAUCAGCUUCCUGCCGCCCAACGAGGUCGCCUGCACCGUACGACUGAUCAACAAGGCCGCGGCAGCACAGUUCCGUGGCCCUGGCUACACCACCGUGAAGCUUUCUUCCCACGUGCCGCCCCACGCAUUCAAGGAGCAAUGGGAGCGACCAGGUGCCAUGCGUGGGCUGACGCACCGGCAGCGGCAGGCGCUGCAGAUGCUUACAGCCCGCAGCGGCAGCCUGCCAAACCUCCAGGUGGCAGUUGCUGUCACGGGGAUUCCUUAUAGGAAAUGGUGUGUAGGCUAUACCUCCGUUGCCCAUGCUGCGGCCGAAGCAGGCCAGCUAGAGAUGUGCCAGUGGCUGGUGCAGCAGCAGGGCUACCCCGUGCAUGAUGUUAUUGAAGGGGCAGCUGGCGCUGGGCAGUGGGCCAUAUGCAAAUGGGGCCUGGCAAACGGCUGCCCCUGGAGCCCCGACCUUGUGUACGCUGCAGCUCGAGGGGGCCAUGUGGGCCUGAUGGAGUGGCUGCUGCAGCUGUGCCUGGCAGAAGGUGUAAAUGUUUGGAGUAAAAUGCUGCUUGAAACAGCCGCUGUCGGCUGCGAGCUGCACACCCUGCAGCGCCUGUACUGUGACUGGGUGGGCGAGCAGCAGACACUGCUCGACCUUGAUGCAAAAGAUAUAGUGGCAGCCGCGGCCAGGAGCUCCACACCUGACUGGCAGGACAAGCUAGUAUGGCUGGAGGCGCAGGGCUUCCCUGGCACAGAUGCUUGCUGGAGCGCCGCCUCCUGCCCAGACGCUCUGGAACGAUUGAGGUGGCUGCGAGGGCAGGGCUACCCUCUGGGGCAUUGUGUUGCUGUUGUGGCAGCCAGACGGGGCAACGUGGAGGUGCUCCAUUACCUGCUGCUUUCUGAGGGUAUCAAGCCCAGUUCGGAAUGCGGUAGGGAGGCCGCUGGGUGUGGCAGCCUGGGAGCGCUCGCCCUGCUGCAUGCCCAUGGCUGCCAAAUGAACGUUGAGACAGUCGGGGCUGCAGCAAGGGAGGGGCACCUGCAUGUUGUGGUCUGGCUGGUGGAGACGCUGGGCGCAGCACUGCAGCUGGGCGCAGAGGGGUUAAGCAGUGCUGCCUAUUCAGGCAACCUGGAGCUGCUGAGGUUGCUGCGUGAGAGGGGCUGCCCCUGGGAUCGUGAUACCAUCAGAUGUGCUGCGAGGUCAGGCUGUGAAGAGGUACUAGAGUGGCUAGUGGAGCGGGGCUGCCCCAUGCCGGACAAUGGUUACCCAUACCUGGAAGCUGUACGCAACAACGACCUGGCUACCCUGGCCUACCUGAAGCAGCUGGGCUGCCCCUGGGGCCCGCCUGGACGCCUCCUCAAGGACCUCCUCCAAUACAGCCGUCCUUGCAUUGCGGUGCUGAGCUGGCUGCUGGCAGCAGGUUAUCCCAUGACGGCGGAGGCGGCGCUGGAGGGCAUGCAGCGGAUAUUUGUGUUGCGUGAUGCAGGUAACUUUCAUGUGAGGCGGCUGUGGGGUUGGAUGCAGGAGAACCUGGGCCUGCAGCCGCCCCAGCAGGACCCCUGAUGAUGAGGUGGCUGGGGAGACAAGGAAGGGGCGGUGGCAAGUGCUGAGCGCUGUGAGGGUACAGUGAACCCAUGCUGCCGUACUUCUGCCAGUCGUUCAUGUGUGCAAGAGGGUUGCAGGCAUAGAUAGGGCGCAAGGGGGCUAGUGCAUUGGGACUUGGUGCAGUGGAAAGGGUUCGCCUUGACAAGGGCAAGGUGUACAAAGCCCUGCUGUAGGCUUUGAAGGCCAGAAGCUUGGCCCCGCCGGUUGGUACUCGCUGUGUGUAUAUGAGGGGUGUGCACGUCUAUACGCUGCUUUGACAUUGUGUCCGAUUUCCUCUAUCCAUUAUAGGAUGGAGCGUCUAUGGCGGUAGCGUUGCAGGCGUACAUGCGCAUGCAGUGUUCACUUCUGUGUGCAUCUGUGUUCUAUGAGGUGUGGCUGUGUGCUGAAAUGAAGGAUUGCACAAUGUACAGACUACACAUGCUAGUAGUGGAUUCGGUGCGGGCUAGGGCUGGGCUGGGCGCUAGCUAGGGUUGGUUCCCUUGGGUCAGGCCCUGACAAGCAGCAGCAAGCAACACGAGCCGCUGCACCAGCAACUACACUGCUAGCAGCUGCAGCAGGAGGUUCCGCGCAGACCUUACCUCUGUCCCAGCAGGGCGCUGUCCUGUGUUGUUGUGCGCUGUGCAUUGCUUGCAGUAUAUGCCAGCAUAUGGGACAGCGGAUUUGCCCGCUGAUAAUGUUGCCAUUGUUGUUUGUUUGCUGGUUGGUUGGUGGUGUUAUUUGGAUGCUCUUGCUUCUCUUACUCAG